AAAUGACGAUGACUGUGUCGAAGUUCGGAAGGUACUCGCUGUGUCGGUACUCGGAGCAAUGCCCAGAGCCGCCACUUCCAUUGCACCAGUCCAGCGGCUCUGGCCUCACUAAUGUCUUGGAGAUCUGGACCAGGAGAUUUCCUGACAUUCCCGUGGGAUGCACAACGAAUAGACCCAGGUGGAGUUCGACGAGGUUCAAGUUUUGCGGGCGUGCCUCGAGAUGGUUCCUCUAGUGGCUACUUGAGUUUUUGUAUGGGACCGAAAGAGACGGUCACAAAGGCAGUGCAGCAGCCAAAUCUUGGCUUGUGCGGCAUCCAGUCGCCUGUGCGAGAUCAGGAUCUUGAAUUUAAGGUUCUUCGCUUGCCAAGGUGUGGGCAAUGCACUGCGCCCGAAUAUGAGCCCAACCUGGAGACGGAGCUGAGCUUUCCCAGUUCCGACAAGGGUAUCGGCAGCAUAUCCGUGGCGCAGAGGAAUGCACAGAUUGCCAAGUCGGUGAUUUGCGAAAUCUACCGAGAGCUAGAGAGGCGCUGCUAUGAGGAGCAGCGACAAUAUGAGGAAUCAGGCACGCAGCCUUCGCAGCAAAAGGUAAACUUUUGGGCAACCUACACCAACAAGGCCAGACUGCAGCAGUUUGCCUCAGACUCUUUGGGAUUUGUACAAAAGAACGCCGAGUGCAGGAGUCGCGUGCUGAACACAAAGCAACUGCGCUUUCUGAUUCUUUUGCAGCACCUGGUCUCAGAGGACUGCAAUGAUAUAACUCGCCCGGAGCGUCUUCGGAAGCACCAGGACCUUUUCGAAGGGGACCUCACAGACAGUGUCAGCUCUCAGCUCAUUGAGGAUGCUCAUCGAUGUGAAUUCUCCAUAGAAGGACGUUCUUUCAGCUUGCAGGAAGAACUUCAAGAAGAAGGACGCCAGGAAGAAAGGAAAAAGCGCAUUGCGCAGUUCCAAAGUGAGCUUGUGCAUGCCUUGGAGACCUAUCUCAUUAGCUUCUGUGCCAAGAACGGGCUAUCCCCUGGCGGCAGCAAGCGACUUAUGCAGGCUGUCACUACACAGAUGUCCCAGGCCGGUUUGGCCAACAUUGACAGAGGUUCGCAAGCUUCAAGGUACUUUGUAGGGUCAAAUGGUUUGGAUCAAAGAAUAGCAUACAAUUUGUCUACGAUGUAUACACUCGAUCAAGAAGCUCUUAAGCUUUCUAUUGUUUGCAUGCGAACAGGUUUCACCCAGUACUUGGACAAGGACGAGCUGUUGACCAUUGCAGGCGUUCAGUACCCUCGGCGCUGUAAGCCGGACUCGUACUUAUACCAGUAUGCGACUCUUUGCUUUACCAUUGGUCCGCUAGUUGACAAUUCGGAGAGCGUGGAGUGUUCUGUUCUGGAUGCCCUUGACGAGGCGCAUAUCAACGCUGCGCUUGCAGAAGAUGAAGAGGAAGUCAUCAUGGAUGAAGCACAACGGCAGGUCGCAUGAAGAGAUGUUGAUCGCCUACCGUGCUGAGGAAAGUCAUGUGCCAGUAAGUGAGUCAAGCGGAUGUAGCAGAAAAA